AAUGUGUCUCAGGAUCGGUCUUGUUCUACUUCUGCUAUUAUACUCCUGCUCACCUUGCGAAAUAUAUAAAAGAUUACAUGUACAUUCAUAGCAGAUCUUUGUCCCUCUUUCUGUAUAUCCGUGUCUAGGACGGGGAAUUCCAGGUAGAGGUGCAAAGUGCUACGACGACGGGGGGUUGGAUUGGACACCCUUCAAUCCGGAUAUCAGGCCCUUGGUUGUGGAAAUGAAGAUUAUCCAUUUUAAACAAGAUUGAACUUGAUCGCGGGAUUUGGAGGUCUGGAGGUCGGGUCCCGACGCGUUGCGGUAAGGAUCAUGGAAAAUGAGUGGUUUGAUCUCGACAGGAUUCCUGGUUUUCUUCGCGGAUAUUUGGGGGAAUUUGAGUGACUAUUAUGGUGGUUUGAGUUCCGCAUUGGUUAUUAUAUAACUCCGUUAGUUAAGCCGGCUAGGCUCCAGGCGUGGUUGUGGAGGACAAGAACACUGGGACACGAUGCAAGAUCAACAGCAAGCAGGGCAGGGCAUCAUUCAGUGGCCAUGGUUGGAGCUUAGGAAAUACCAAAAGCUGCGAGCGAGUAUAGUCAGGAACAGAAGUUAGAUCGUCACCAUGGAACAAUAAUGAUGAUACACAGGGUUUUUCGUAGCAACGUAUCCGAACUUCCACGUAACCCACCUCGCUGUGACCUUCGUCCAUUCCAGUUGUCCCGUGUGUUUUCGCAAUCGUCAUCCAUUGAUAUCGUAGCUGGAGAUCUCGAUGUUGCAGACAGAUAUGGUCCAUUUAAUUGGCGUGAGAAUCCCCCUGUGGAACUCCGUGGUGGCCAAGGAUUGUGCAUAGUAGUGUAGUGUACUCCGUAACUAGCGUAGUGUAGUGUGUCUCUCCGUCUCCGAGUAAGUCGGCUUCAAUAUUUAUACAUAAUAGUAUGCUUCCUUACCUACAACCUUCGACCUUAACAGCCCCCUUAUUUAAUAAUUAGUUAAUAAUGUUCACAGUUGCACCCGCCGUCGAUCCCCCUGGCCAGUUCCGCUUUUACCUCCCCCGUUAUUAGCUAUUAUUAUUCUUCUUCUUCUUUCAUUCGUUAACAUAAAUAAUAAUAUUAUUAUUGACCCGUGAUCUCUCUCCGUAGGUUUCCCCUGGAUUUCGGGAACAUUGCUCAACUCCGUCCCAGGCUCUCAAAUCGACCCCGUAACCAAGUCUACCCCAUGUAAUCCUCUCAUCAAGCUCGUUCUCCGUCUGUUCUGUUCUGUUUGUCCUUGUCCGCUUCAUCCCUCUCAUUGUUGUUCCCCGCCCUUUGCCCAGGCUCACGCUCUGCUUGGUCGCCACAUCCGUUUGUUUCACCUUUUCGCCAUUGCUGGGCGUAUCCACCUCGUCAUCGUCUAACUUGCCGUCUGUGUCCACUGCGUUCCCUCACACUCGUCCCUGAUCAUCAUUCCAUCGUCCGACAUUCGACCAAACUGACGACAAAACAACAACGGGCGGUUAGGGGUUUCGAGCAAACAGAGGAUACUUCGCGCGACCACCAACCAUCCUCUGUUAGAUCGGCCGUUUUUAUUGUCGAAUAAGAAGAAAGAAAAUAAAGAAACCAAGAAAGGAGGAGCUGCUAUCCAGGCCUGUUCCUGUUCCUGUUCCUGUCUUUGAACUGCUGGCUGUUGGUUUGUUCAUAGGUUCACAGGAUCCCCCUGCCUGCCGGUAGACUCUUUUUUGCCUGAAACCUGCUCCCAGCUGCUUGCCCCAGCUGCUGCUGCUGCUGCUGCUGCUGUGACUUCAUCGUCCUUGCCCUUAAUAUUCGUAAUACCACACUGUCACUCUCACCAUGUCUCUUGCCCCGAUAUCUGUGCCAGACCGGCAACCCUCGCCGCGAUUGACUGUCAAUUUGGGAUCCAACAACCCUUUUAGAAACCGUGCUUCAUCGCCUUCAAUCGCUUCCCCCACAACUUCUAUUCCGAGACAACGCCCAGUGUCAAGAAACCCGUUCCUGGACGACUCAGAAUCUUUCACUCCGCUCCCCGAUCCAAAUCGAAAUAUGUCACCGGAAAGGCUUUCAACAGUGGAUCCGCCGUUGACUGGACACGCUGCAGAACUAUUUGAAAACCUCUCUCUUGACACGCCAGUCGAUAAGCCCUCGAGUUCGAAAGGAAGACGACCAGCUCUACCACGACCGGAAAACGUUCCCCCAUCUAGACCCUCUCUCUCUGACGAUAAGGCCUCCUCUCGCCGCCCCGCUCGACGACCAUCCAAGGAAGAAUCACAGUCACGCAGCAAAGGACACGGUCGGCCGCCAAUUGGAGACAUCUUCGCAGAUCCUAAGGAACCCUCAAAAUCCCGCAACCAGCGUCGACCCCGUCGCAACUCAGACUCUUCCCUCAUGGAUAUCCCUUCAAGACCAAUCGACCCUGAGGCAGAAAGACGGAGACGAGAACGGAGACAACGAGAGCGUGAUGCCAAACCCAAGGACGGCAAAUCUCGCAGCAAGCGAUCAAAUGGACAUAGACUUGAUAUUAUUGAUAAAUUGGAUGUUAGCAGCAUAUAUGGUACUGGCCUCUUCCACCAUGAUGGACCUUUCGAUGCAUGUAACCCUCACCGCAAUCGUAAAGGGUCACGAGCCGCUCCGAUGCAAGCUUUCGCAAAGGAUUCGAGAAACAUGGCGCUGGGCGGAGCGGGACCUAAUAACACCAAUAUCGAUCUCAAUCUCUUCCAUGGACGAGGAGAAGAGGGGUAUGCGGAUUAUGCAAGCAGUGGUUUGACUAGCAGCAAGAUAAACCAAAGCGCAGCAUUUGAUCCAACAGCCAAACUUGAACCAAUCCAUGGAGCUGAAAGUAUGGGCUUGGGAACCAGUACAUUCCUUGAAGGCGCUCCCGCCAGCCGUGCUGCCAUACAGCGGCGUGAGAGUGAGAAUGAAGCUCACAACUUACAGAAUGGAGGAUUGCAGCGCAAAAAGAGUCUUGCACAGAAAAUCCGCGGAAUUAACAAUAGAGUCCCCCGUGUUACCUCACCGCCAGAUUCUGCUAUUGAUUCCAACAACUAUUUCACUCAGGCAAGCCCUCCCCGAGCUUCAGGCUCUAGGCGACCUAACGAUAAAAACCCAUUCUUCCAACAACAGGAUUAUGAUGAUGCAUACGAUAAAAAAGGCGCCAAGAUCCAGCUUUCCGAUGACGGCAUGACAGAUAACCUCCUCCCCCACACUAGACAACGAUCAACUAGUAGCCCAAAGGCCAUUCCGGGCGAAACAAGAAUUACAGAAGGACGCAGCUCCAGUAUCGGCGGCGGCGAAGACGCCAAGACUCACGCACACACAGCUAGUGGUAGUGGUGGUUUCAUCAACCGGGUCAAAAGCUUGAGAAGGCCACCACAGCCUAAGAGAAGGGGCACGACGACAGCGGCCGGGUCUUCGCCUUGAGAACGUGGUUGUACGUCGAGAAUGGCUAUAGCGGAACACAUGUGAGAUGCAUCGAUUGUUUAUUAGAAUCAUGAUUCUUCAUUUCCUUUCGGGCCUACAAUUGUUUUUUACUCUCUUUCUCUCUCCCUUUCCUCACCCAAAUCAUUUAUGAGGCUUCUCUCUGCUGGCACCUUUGUUUCCAUUUUUGUAUUUUGUAUUCUUCUCUUUGAUACGUUCUAUCAUGCCCCUCUUUAUCUUCUCUUGUUUAGUAUGCCCCGCUCUUUAUUUUUAUUUUUGUUCCUUCAUUUUUGUGUUCAAUUCUUGAUAUUACAGGCAGGCAGGCAAGAAAGAUUAGUUUAGUUUAGUUCUAGGAGUUGUGUUUUCUAGCUCUCACACUCUCUUUAUAUUCUCUCUCUCAUCAGCUUUCUUACACUUACACUAUGCAAGGAGACAUUACCUUGUUUUUGUCUCUUUGCAUCUUCUUUCUUCAGUUCUUGUGUGUGUGUGUGCAUACAUGCAGCAACCAGCUUGGAUUUUAUUAGAUUGAGUAGUUUAGUGCUGUGCUGCUGGCAGCUUGUUUGUUUGUCAUUGCCUUCUUCAUUUUUAUCAUUUAUCAUUUUUCAUUUUCAUUGAUAUGUUCAUACCUCUCUAGUUGCGAAAAAUGAUAAUUUAUUUAUUUAGAAACGCGGGACCUACUACAAUGCCUAUCUAGCUCCCCGUGUUCGACCGGACACAGGGCUCCCCUUAUAUGAAUAGGGCUACACGAUAGAGGGGAAGGGACGAAAAGAAAGACCCAUCCACCCAACCCCGUGGGCUUGGAAGCCCGGUGUAAACUGCCCCAGGCUUUCUGCAGAUAUAUAUAUAUAUAGCAUAUAGCAUUCUGGACGCAGCAAGCUCCGCCUGGCCCCUCCCUCUACUUAUUUAUGGCCUGUAUGGGGCACAUGUCACUGUACCCCCUGGCGUUAUCAUACCCAUUUGCAUAGUCGUCAUAAUCGUCGCCGCCCCCUGAUUCGUUUUCAUCGAUCGGCGAUUGGCUCCAUGAGGACUUGAGCUGGGCAUUUGAAAAAAAAAAAAAAAAAAAAAAAAAAAAAAAAAAAAAAAAAAAAAAGAAUGCUCUUGGUAGAAUGCAUCCUUGCACUAGGCGGGGCGGCGUUGGUUGGGUAGGCAGACAUGAGAAGGUCUGGUUUGCGCGGGAAAUAAAAAUUUUCUCGUUGCGCGGUCGUUGCGCUGGGCACCUUUGUCACUGGCGUUGUCUAGGUAGGUAGAUAGACAUUCAUCCAUCUCGUUGCGCUCUAAUUGCGCCCUUCGUCUGUCUGGUGGCUAUAGUAAGGUAUCCUUGUCAGGGCUAUAAUUUUAUGUUCGUUGCGCUCUCGUUGCGCUCUCGUUGCGCGCUCCCCGAGGGCGAUGCACUCCUUACUCCUAUCCCCCUUUAUUCAGGCUGGUAACUACCAAAUCAUGAGAGACCAUGUCGAUGAUUUGGAAAAAAAAAAAAAAAAAA